CACUGUACUAUAUUCCAAGCAAGUUAAUUAAGAGCUGGUUGGACAAAUAACAGUUACGGUUUCGCGGGUAUAAAGGUUGGUUUCCAUAAUAUUUAAUCUGCCUUAGGUAUUGCAAAUCUGACUUAAAAAGGCCUGCUAGGGAGGAUGCAAAUAUGUCAGCACCCAGCUUGUUUGGACUACCUGUGGUUCUUUCUGUACUAUUGCCCAGUCCUUCCGGAACCAAAAUCCAAGAUGGCGGCAUCUAUAAGAACUACGGGAUCGUAUUUUCUUAGACAAACACGUCGUAUAAUCACAUGCAGAAAUAGAAAUAUCAGGGCAGCGUCUUCGUUAGUCAACGUCGAACACCAUUCUGAUGGCUAUGCGAUUAUGACGCUGUCCAGAAAACCUGUGAAUAGCUUCUCACUGGAGUUCCUGGAAGAAAUCCACGACACUUUGGAAGAUCUCGAGAGUAAUACAGAUUGCAGAGGACUUAUUGUGACCUCGAGCAUGCCAAAGGUGUUCUCAGCUGGCCUGGAUCUUGUCAAGGAGCUUUACAAGUCUGAUGAGAAGCGACUUUUUGUGUUUUGGCGUAGGUUUCAGGAUGUAUGGAUGCAGCUUUAUGGAUCACGCCUUGCUACAGUUGCUGCUGUGAAUGGGCAUGCUGUUGCCGGGGGAUGCCUAUUAGCUGCAGCGUGUGACUACCGGCUCAUGGCCGCCAACUUCACCAUAGGGAUGAAUGAGACUAUUGUGGGUAUUGCAAUGCCAUUUUGGAUUUCUCAAAACAUUGUUAAUCUUGUUGGGACUAGUACUGGAGAGCGCAUAUGUGCACUUGGUACAAUGCUCAGCGCUGAAGCGGCACAGAAAAUUGGACUGGUUGACCAUGUAGUUCCACAGGAGAAACUUAUGGCAGAAGCACAAAUAGAAAUAAACAAAUGGCUCCUUGUACCAGAGUCAGGCCGAGCUCUAACCAAACAGGUUUUACGACGGGACCUCAUCCAGAGAUUGCACAGCUUAAAAGAUGAAGAUGCUAAAAACUUUGCCAAGUAUAUCUUGCAAGACAAUACCCAGAAAUUACUGGAACAACAGAUUAAAAAGAUGACAAAGAAGUGAGCUAUUGAAGUCUCAAAAUACUGGGAGAGGGGGUACAAUACAGAGUCAUUAAGAAAACUUGGGGUAAGGGCGAGGCACAACCACACCCCUUCUGUUCAUUUCUGAAAAAACUGGGGGAGCACACGCAAGCCUGUAUGUAUGCUGCAUCACUCUUUACAGUAUGUAACUGGUAUAAAAGCAUUGAAGACUUUAAGAUUCAUUUCAAUGAACCUUAGAAACCCUGCUAUCCCAAGCUCUGACGUAAAACCAAACAUCAGGUUGAGUUCAAGGGGCAAUUCAGGGUUUGUGCAGUACUUUUAAAGAUUUAAAAAAAAUGGGGAAAACAACUGGUAAUAAGAGACCCUGCCCAAAGUCAUGUCUGUUUUUUGGUGGGAGGUCCUCUAACACUUUUAUUAAAAAGGAAGGUGGUGGAUAGCAAAGUCACCAAAUCCACACCCGGAUAACGUAAUGAUUCAAAGAAGCGCUUAGGGCACUAAUUAAAUUUUUGGGUCUUCAGGGAACUCUUAUUUGAUGAGCACUUAUUGGGGAGGGGGUGCUUAUUUCAUUUCCAAAAAAAUUCCAGCCUCUGAAUAUAUGGACAUAGCACGGGCAAACCAGAUGAAAUGUUCGUGUAUCGAAUAUUAUCUUUAAUUUAUUCACCGAAUGUAAUAAAGCCAAUUUCUUUAAGUUGUUGUCAUAGAUUGUUCUGGUUCCGUUUUAGGCAUGAUUCAAAACAGUUUAGGCGAUUUUCCACCCUCAUCUCAGUUCACCUCCUCCUGGAGAGGAGGUCAGCCGACAUGAGGGAGGGAAAAGCCUAAAUGGUUAUGAAUCACGUCCAAAAAUGGAUCCAGAACCAUCUACCACAACUUCAAGAAAUUGGCUUUAUUACAGGUUUAUUUGGUACACAAAUUACAGAAAAUAUUCGAUACACGAACAUUUCGUCUGGUUUGCCCGUGGACAUACAGUAGCUGUCAAAUCACCCGCAUUAGGCAGGUCUCAUUUUAGACAUUAUUAAAAGCCCACUUUUUUUAAGAAUAUUCAUUUGAAUGGAGUCACGCUAGGGCAAGUGUCUGUCAAAACUCUACCUUGCGAUAAAUAAAUUCAAAUAUAUAUUUUUUACAUUAUUUUUACACAACUUGUAAUUAUCUGUACAAUGUCAUUUAGUAGAAUCCUGUGAAUUUUACUCCUUUGACAUUUUGAAUAGUACUAAAAAUAAAAAAGCGUUAUCACAAUGA